UAUGGAACACAACGUGAGACGAUGGUGGUUGGAGUCAGGAGCAAUCUGUACCAAGGAGGUCGAGCUUGUGGUCGGAGGUACAGGGUUCGAUGCAUUGGCGCUACAUACAACUUCCCUAGGGCUUGCACGGGUCGUACCGUUGACGUGAGGGUAGUUGAUUUCUGCCGGGAGCCUUGCAACGGUGACCUUAAUCUCUCUCGUGAUGCUUUCCGGGUUAUCGCUAAUACUGAUGCCGGUAACAUCCGCGUCGAGUACACACCGUAAGUUUUCA